UUACAUUGCAGCUCUGAACAAAAGCAUCUUCUCGGACGAUAUCGGAGAGAAAAAGGAGAAAAAAUCAAUCAGCAGAAUCGAUCGCUCCAGAAGUUUCCAGAAAAUCGGAGACUUGGAUUUCAACUUUGAAUCCUUUGCUCUUCCACCGCUUCAUUGAACGGAAAAAGGGCAGGGUCGGUUUAGUUCCGGGAAUGUCGGACGCCUUCUGCUCCGAUUGCAAGCGCCACACGGAAGUGGUGUUUGACCACUCUGCGGGGGACACUGUCUGCUCGGAGUGUGGGCUGGUGUUGGAGUCGCACUCGAUCGACGAGACAUCGGAGUGGAGGACAUUCGCUAACGAGUCGGCGGACAAUGAUCCCGUCCGUGUUGGUGGACCCACCAACCCGCUUCUGGCCGACGGUGGGCUUUCCACCGUUAUUGCCAAGCCUAACGGGGCUUCCGGCGAGUUCCUCUCGUCAUCGCUGGGUCGGUGGCAGAAUCGCGGGUCGAAUCCUGACCGGGGGUUGAUAGUCGCUUUUAAGACCAUAGCUACCAUGUCUGAUAGGUAAUCUUCAUUUCUUUCUAGAAAUCUGCUUCGGAGUGGAAUUUGAUUUUGGAGAUUGAUUGGAUUUGAAGGAAGCAUCAGAAAUGAAGGGUUCAACUUGAUACUAGGGUUACUAAUCUUGGAUCUUAAAUUGGGAGAUUGUGAAAUUAGGGUUCAAAACUGUUACUUGAUCGAGCUAAAAGAAUAGUGUCUACAAGUUAGGCCAAUUUUGCAUUUCUAUCAUUUCUGGACCAAAAUCAAUGAAAGGCGUCAGCUUUAUUGUUUGUUGGGUUUGGCAUGGUUUGUGGAAAAGUAUAUGAGAUCUCAAUGACUGAAUUUAUGGACAUUUCUGGCGUUCUUGAGUUUUCUGUUGCAUUGCAAUUCAUAUUGAAUUUAGUAUAUGCAUGUUAUGAUCAUGUGUGAACAAUAUAUGUUUUUGGGGAAAAGCUAGUAAUUUGUUGGCAAGUUUAGAUGUCUGUGCUGGAGGAAAUUGGGGCAAAGUUUGAGUCUUUAAGAGCCCAUUCUAGGAACUUUUGCGGUUCCAGAACUUGGUUUCUCAAAAUAAUUGCUAAUGAUUGGAAAGGAUGUUCCCUCUGUAUAGAAUAUGUUUCCUGGAUUAGACUAAAUAUAUCACGAAUAGCAUGAGCUGGGCUGUCUUCUCUUGAAUCUUACUUAAUUGAGCCCACUUAGUAAUGAGGUUGCCUUUUUUAUUGUUUUUUUCUUUUGUAGUAUAUGUUUCUAUUGAUCAAUUUGACUCCUUUUUUAAAAUGAUUGUUUCAUCGGUACUUGUUUUGACAGUGAUGUGGAUUUAGAAAUUAUUGUAAUAAUGAUCAAAUGACCAUUUUUUUUUUUUUAACCUUGGCAUGAUAUUCUAUAGCUGAUGAAGAAACAUACAACUGCAGAACAUAACUAAUUUUCAAAGUUGUGUUUCAGGUUGGGCCUUGUUGCAACAAUCAAGGUAUGCCACACACUCUAUACUCUGAUAUAUAUGCUGUGUUAAUGUGAACUUAUA